UGACUGGAUUUGUUUUCAAACCGUAUUCGUGGAGUAACAGACAUUUGGGGUUUUAGUCGUUUGCAGAGACUCAAAAGCUUUAGACGGUUUUCAAGUGUUACAAGCUGCAAAAAUUAAUAACAAAAAAAAAAAACAACCAACAAUAAAUAAAACAUAAAUACAGUUUCAAACUCGAUAUUGCCAAAAAGGAAAACAAUAAAAAAAAUUACUGGUUUAUUAGAAACUACAACAAGUUAUAAAAGAAAAUAAAAUAGAAAACAAUAUAUUUCUAGUGAGAAAGUUCGAUAGAAAAGUGUAUUUAUUAAAGUAUUUCAAGGAACUUGAAAUUAAGCAGCAGAAAUCAAACCGCCGCCGUCUAAACUUUUAAGUGUAAAAUUUAUGGAGGAAACUUUUUAACAAGCCGAUUUGUAAUAACUAAAAAGAGGAAAUCAUGAACGAAGAACCUGCAAAGAAUGGAAAAGAUAAUCAUCAUCAAUUGGAAUCAUCAACAUAUGAUCCAAACGAAAUUGUUGAAGCAGAACCGCUUAGUUGGAGAUUUUGGCGAAAGCGUCGUUAUAUAGUGGUCUUGUUGGCAUUCUUUGGUUUCUUCAAUGUCUAUUCUUUGCGUGUCAAUUUAAGUGUGGCCAUUGUGGCUAUGACAGAGAAUCGUACUGUGAUCGAUGAGAAUGGCAACGAAUCAUGGGAACAAGAUUUCCCUUGGGAUCCUAAGCAGAAGGGUCUGAUUUUAAGUUCCUUUUUCUAUGGUUAUAUAAUGACCCAGUUUAUUGGCGGUUUUAUAGGAGCUAAAAUUGGUGGUAAUUUGGUUUUCGGUAUUGGUAUUGGCACCACGGCCAUUUUAACACUAUUUACACCCAUGGCCGCUAAGCACAGUUUGGAAAUGUUACUGGCAGUGCGCAUUAUCGAAGGUAUCUUUGAGGGCGUUACCUUCCCCUGUAUACACGCUGUAUGGUCCCGUUGGUCCCCACCGCUAGAACGUUCACGCAUGGCUUCCAUAGCUUUUGCCGGCAACUAUGCUGGUACUGUUAUUGCCAUGCCUUCGUCGGGACUCUUGGCUUCAGCCUACGGCUGGGAAAGUGUAUUUUAUGUAUUUGGUGUUAUUGGUUGUAUUUGGUUGGUCUUGUGGUUGGUUAUUGUACGUUCGGGACCCGAUAAGGAUCGUUUCUGUUCGGAAGAUGAACGUAAUUAUAUACAGAAAACAAUUGGCAUUACAGGACAACAAAGAAUCAAACAUCCCUGGAAAGCCAUAUUUACUUCGUUGCCAUUCUAUGCCAUUGCCGUAUCACACUUUUCAGAAAAUUGGGGUUUUUAUACUCUAUUGACUCAAUUGCCAACAUUCCUUAAAGAUACCUUAAACUUUAAUUUGGAUAAAACUGGUUUCCUAUCAGCUGUGCCAUAUCUUACCAUGGGUAUCUUGUUGGGUGUUUCAGGCUAUUUGGCCGAUUGGCUGCAAGUCAAGGGUUAUUUGACCACCACACAAGUAAGACGUUACUUUAAUUGUGGUGCUUUCUUAGCACAAACUGUUUUCAUGGUACUCACCGCCUAUUUAUUGGAUCCUACUUGGUCCGUGGUGUGUAUAACCAUAGCUGUAGGUUUGGGAGCAUUUGCCUGGUCUGGUUUUGCCGUUAACCACUUGGAUAUUGCUCCCCAACAUGCUAGUGUUUUGAUGGGCAUUGGCAAUACUUUUGCCACCAUACCCGGUAUUGUUAGUCCCAUGUUGACCGGUUAUUUGGUACAAAAUCAAACCAGUGAAGAAUGGAAGACUGUAUUCUUUAUUUCUGCUGGUAUUUAUCUAGUAGGCUGUGUUAUCUAUUGGAUGUGGGCCUCGGGUGAAUUACAAGAAUGGGCCAAAUCACCCGAACAAAAAUCACUCGAAAUGACUAGACAAAAAACCGUCACAGAGGGUUAUGUCAACGAAGCCUUAGAGUGCAAAGAUGAAGUUAAAGAAAAUCAUAGUUAAGUUUAAACACCCACACACCAAUAGUUUUAAGUUUCGAAAGAAUUUCCUUUUGUAAUAUAUACAAAAAAGAAAAAAACGAUAUAUCACAAGAUAAAAAGUAUUGUAAAUAAUCAUUUUAUAUAUAUUUUAUUAUAAGAAUAUAAUUAAAAUUAGAAUUUAUUUUAAAUUCUUAAUAUAAUAUUCAUUCAACACACUUUUGUUGUUUUUCACACUUUGCGCGCUUUAGUGAGGUCAAUACACUGUGCACAAAUAUUUGAAAGCAAAUAAUCAUUUAGCCAUAUAAUAAAAUUUAAAAAAAAAAUAUAAGAAAGAAAAAA